AGAACAUUAGCUAGCGGAAUGGCUGCUACAUGCUGUCCCUGUGUUUUUACUGCUCACAGUUUGAAGUUGUGAAAACAUUUAACACAUUGAACCGUUUUUUAAACAUACUUUCAUAUUGUGCAUUCAUUUAGCUGAAAUGUAGCGUUGUAUAUAGGUUAUUUGACAUGCAUUCAAUGCAUUCGUGUCUGUUGCUGGGGCUAGUUUUGUGUUAUGCAAUGGCGAUUCUACGACAUCACAGCGCCGCUCUUGUUGCUGAGGAUUCUAGUAUAUUCUGUAGCCAUUUGGAGGAUCGCUGAGGAUCUCGGAGUUCGAAAUUCGAAUGAAUGGCGGGAGUGUUUUGUGGACUACUUGACGUAGCAAUGGAUACUGUAAUGUAGACCAGCAAUCCCCCCGGUCUUUUUUUUUUUUUUUUUUAAACCACUGAAUGAAUACGUAGGAGUAGGCGGGGCAGUAUUUCCCUCCUCUUUUGAGUACAGACUGUGCAUGGCACAGUCUUCCUUUGAUAGCCAAUCAGAACAUUUUUAUACAAGAAGAAAAUUAGGCUACAUGACCAAAUUUCUGCUUUCGUAAUGAAAAUAGAACCAGCCCCUCCCCUCCAUUACACCACCCCCUCUCUGUGCCCAAAGGGUCUGCUGAACUUACCAAAUUCUUGUUUCCAACAGGCCAACAAUAACACUGAAGCAAAUGAGCCCAAACGGAGAUCUCUGAGGUUGGUAAACAAACCCAAUUCCACCCAAACAGAGCCCAAGCCAAAGAAGGCACCGGCAAAACCCAAGAAGUCGAAGGAGGUGGAAAAGGCUAAACCAGAGGAGGAGCAGAAGAAAGAAGAAGUCCCUGCCGAGAACGGCGAAGCCAAACUUGAAGAGGAGGCUGAAGAAGAGGCACCAGCAACAGAAGAGGAGACUGAACAGAAAGAUGAGGAAGCCGAAUAACAUCAUUUCCACAUCCUUUUACCAGUGCUCCCUGUACCUCUUUUUCUUGUACAAUUCAGGGGAAUAUUUUUAUCUACUAUUUUCUAAAUGCAGGUUUUUUAGUAGUAUGAAUGUAGAAACACAUUUUUUAAAGGAAAAAUAUGUUUGGAGAGGGAUUCCACCACAUCCCACAUUUUUACAUCUCUGGAAAAAAAUAUGCUCAUUGUAAAUGUCAGCGGUUUUUAUUUUCAAAGGGGGGGAGGGAGUGGAGCAGGUUGCAACAUUGAAAACAUGCAAGGUGUCAUUUUCAGGAAUUGAUUGUACAAUGAAAGCUUGCCUGAGAGGAGAGUAACAUUCCAUAGGCUAUAUGAGGGACAGUAUAUGUAACCUGUAUUGUAUGAGGGUUGGGAUGAAUUAUUCAAGGGGUUAUACAUUGUUUAUAAUGGGGAUGGGAGGGAGUUUUAGAAUGUUUUUAAGCUGUGUUACAUAAAUGUUAACUCUUGUAUUCAUGCAGAUUUCUGUUUAAUAAACCUGUUCCCUAGUACUGAAGUUUUCCCUGUCAGGCUUGUGCAUUGUGUGUAUUGCUUUUGUCUCUGUUUGGUGAUAGCAUUUGCAAUAACCUUGUAUUCCUGCUGUGAAAGGGUUUUCAAAUUUUCUAUUUACAGUGUGUAAUGGUACAUUUGUGGGGAUGGUAAAAUGGAAUAUAUGAUUUUAGCAAAGCUAAUGACAUGCAUAACAGUGUUUAACAUACCGGUGAUAACUAUUCUCUGUAAGGACAUUGACAAGCAAAUGACUGUACCUUAACUUGAACUGUCAAGUGAACAUACCAGCAGUAGCAAUAUUCACAUGUGGGUUUAGGUAAGCAGUACAAAUGUAAAGUUUUUUUCUUUUCUUUGUUUAUAGCUGUAUAUGUGUACUGAUUCGUAUAAACAAACCAAUAAAAACUUGGUUGUA